GAGUCUGAAAUUCGGCAGAAUGCGGGACUUUUGAUCCCAAGGCCGAAUCGUAUUAUGAGCAUGUGCGAUUUGUCGGUCUUUAGUUUUAUUGAUAGCUUAAUAUCAAAGUCAACAUCUCGGUUAACUAUUCGUGGACUCAGUAAUAAAAAGCUGAGAAGGAUUCUGCGGAUUCAGUCCUAUGACCUGAAUUUCUAUUUCCAGAAAGGGCCACACAAAUAUUCAAAUGGCAAGGUUUUUCAUCCCCGAAAUGGUAUCUUUGAAAAGUUGCACGAAAUUAUAAAGUUCGAAUUGGAAAAGUCCGGAAACGAGAAACAAGCCCGUCGUCUUGAUGCUUUAGUUAAUACUCUUCCGGAAAUUAAAGGUAUUAUACUACUUAGCAUUGGUAUAACGUAGAAUUUACGAGUCAACUUAUUUUUAUAUAUCUUAUUGCCAACAGAACUUGCAAAUUUUACGGUGAUUCUGAGAUGUAUGAACAUUCCGAGACUUAUUUAAAUCCGGAAUCAUCUGUUUCAUACAGCAAACUCACAGGUCUUAGUAAUUUUGGAUGUAUCAGUCCUUUCUCAUCAGUGAAAAUGCAAUAUUUGUCUACAACUUCAGUUAAUGCUUAUACAUUCCCAUCGGAGAACAUAGCUCUUAGUAAUCACUGUGCAUCAAGUGUUCUAUUGAAGACUAUUCGCAACACCUCUUAUUCGAAUAACGUGUUUAACGUUGACCCUACUGGUGUUCCGAGUAGCAUCCACAUGAAUAACAAUUGGAUGAGGUUCAACAUUGCAAAAGCUUCACGAUGUCCAACAAUUUCUAGUGAUGUAGAUUGUACUCGCCCUUUGCCUAGAGCAUUGGAUGAAGAAGAUGAAGGUUACUGUGAGUCAUUUGUUAGGACAGAUUACCGUUUACUGAAUAAUGAAGACAUAGAAAAUGCCAUAUUUCGUCUUUUUUCUCAAUAUUCUACGGCCAUCGGUCAAAUGCUGGUCAAUGAAAUAUUCUACUCAUCUUUUGAACCAUAUUUCAAGGGGAUUCCGAGUGAUACAACUCUUCUAGCCAACAAAACUUUGGAUACUAUUUUGCCACCAGUAUCUCCAAGUUAUGUCCAGAACUUUUCUUGGGAAUCCAGAGGGAUCGGAUGUCUAAACAAGGAACUACCUUAUUUGAGUGAAACUGGCCCAUUUUCUGCCGAAGCUGUUCUCGUUGCCAAAAAGUCGAGAUUUGGUUUUUUGUCGAGCAAUAGCGAAGCGGAAGAGGCCCAAUCAACUGUAAAGCUCCAGAGUACCACAAUAAAAUUACCACUUACAUACAAUCAUAACUUUCUGCACGAUCUUUUGGUGUUGAGGAUAGGCAUUCAGUCUGAUAGGUUCCAGUUCUUGGGAACUUCCAGACCAAGUCAGACUGAAAAUGUUAAGCACUCUUUUUCAUAUCCACUAACUGGUCAUUUCUUGUGGAUACCACAUAAAUGUGAUCCUAUUACGUUGGGCGUUUCAUCCCAGUGCUUAUCACAUUUUGUCACUGGUCAUAUCAAAGUUGGAACUAAAUACAGACAGCUGUGUUGGUUUGCCCAUCACUCUAUUUCGCUCAUUCCGACUUGUGAAUCUGAUAAGUCUGUUUGGCUCGGACAGAUAUGGGCUUGCUUUAUUCAGGGAUUAAAAACUUGGUUACGUACGUACGAAAACUCGGUUCACUCAGUGUUAUCGAAGCUAUCGAACAUUGGCGAAUCUAAACUUCUUCUUAUUACAGAGAGCUUACAUUAUCUUUCAAAACAGAUUGAGUUUGUCUCCGACUUAUGCAUGCUCAAUUAUGAUCAAUCAGAUGUUUCCACAUAUCCGCUGACUAAACUUCAUGGCAUAGCGUUAUUGGCCUACUUAAUGUCAAAGACAGAUGGUUGUAUGUCUCAUGGAUGUGAACCAAUUGUAAGAUUGUUAUUUAAAGAAGCUGCUCGACCGUUUAUCAAAUUUCUUGAAGUGUUUGCUUUAGACGGAAUUUACGAUGAUAUUGGUAAUGAGUUUAGUUUGAUUGUUUCAAGUGAACAUUUAUUUAAACAAGAUAGUUCAUUUUGGACUGAAAGCUUUCAUUUUUCAACGUACGAUCAAAUACUGAACAUUGAUAUUGGGACCGAGAAGCUUAUACGAGUUGCAUUGAGUCAGCUUUUACCAUCCGGAUUUAAAGAGGAAAUCUUGUGUUGUGCUAAGUCUGUGCUGUUAUUGAGGUCAAUCUGUCCAAAGCAUUUUCUAUUUCAAACUCGCUCAAAAUUCCCAAAACUUUGUUUUCUGGAGACUAUUGAAGAAAUGUCGGAUUAUAAUGAUGCAUUGAAAAAAUACCAAAAAUUAUUACAAGAUACAGCCUAUGAACAUACAGCUACAAGAAAGCAAAAGAUUACCCAAAUGAUUAUUGAACGACAAAAUUUCUUGAAAUAUGUGAGUCAAGUUCAAUCAUCAAGAGUCGCGGCCAUUGAAGCUAAACGACGUGAACGAUUAGAGGCAUAUUUAACUAAACAGCAAACUGAAUUCGCUGAUUUAAAGUUCGCGGCUGAAAAUGCGGCUAAACAACGUCAAGAAGCAAUAGAAGCUGAAAAGAAAGCUGAUCAAAUGCUGUUGGAAUCAAUUUCUAUGUCUAAUAAGUAUCGAGAAGAAGUGAUAGCUGAAACCAAAGCUGAAUUAGAAGCAUUUUACACGAAUUUAAUACAACAAGCUGAUGAACGUAGAUUCACUUUUGAAAAACAUAUUAGAAAUGAUCAUAUGCUUAUUGAGGCAUUGGAACCAAGUGCUAUUAAAGCAUUAGAAUUUAAAGCAAAUCGUUUUGCUCCCAUGGGUAAGGAUAAAUGGAAUGAAAAUUCAAUUAAUGAAAAAUCUCCAGUUGAAAUUAUUCCAAGUAUAUCUAAUCAGUCUUCUGAAAUGUGUAUCAUUUCAUCUGAAAUGAUUCAACAAGAAAAUAAUGAUCGUCAACCACAAUUACAAUUUCAUACUGUACAAAAUGAAAGAGAAAAUAACUUAGUUAAACCCGAUAAUCUAUUGAGUGAUGAUCCUUUAACAAUUCUACGUAUUAAAUUUCGUCAGCGUAAUAAAGAUGGAUGCAUAUUCAAAGAUCAAAUGUCAGAGAUAAUUUAUGGAGCUCAUGAAAAAUGUUCAGAUGAAAAAUCGAUUGAGCCUAAAUUUACCAAAUCUGCCGAUGCAAAUAAUUUGAAUACUUUAACAUCUAUGAAAUCCUUUCGGGAACGUAAUCUUUUUGGUCAUUCUUCUGAUUCAACUAUUCAGCAUAUACUCUAUGGUAAAGGUCUUGGUCCAUCAUCUAGGCCGUCAGUUUGGGAAGCAGAACGUGAGAAAGAGGAUGCAGUCCGCUUAGCUACGGAACUGCCUGAACCGGACGCAGUCACAUUUUAUAAAGAAGCCUUAGAAUUUUCGGACAGUACGUCACCAGUAAAACCGUUUACCAAAGAAUUCCCAUCACUUGAUCAAAAUUGUCUUUCUGUGUCGUCAAUAUUCAAAAACUCGGAUUCAUCUGUACAGUCUUCAAAUGAACUUGACAAUUUGUUUAAAAAUUCAAAUGGUUCACUAUUAAUGCCCUUAAGUGUACUAAUCAACCGUUCCUUGAUUUGGCCUCUCAGUAUUCACAUGAAACAUGUUAACAAAACACUGUGCAAUUAUUUCAUAUUUGAUCUUCGUCUAUGUGAUCACUUUUAUUGUUUGUAUGAAACUUAUUUCCUAAACAAUGGAAGUUUUGCUCAACCAUUAUUGAAUGCUUUAUUUCAUAAGGCUUCUGGAACAGUUUAUGAUCGUGCCAGCAUAUUUGAUACACAUAAUCUUCAACAGCUUUUAAAAUCAGUCAGUUCAGAAAUGUCAAAUCAACAAAUAUUAUCAAAUUUUAAUUCAGAUCUUAAUAAUAAUGAUAAACAUGACGAUAUUUCUGUUAAUUCUCCACUGUUAAACACUACAAACUUGAUUAAGAAUUACUUAGAUUUGAUCUCCUUGUCGUCAAUAUCAACAACAAAACAACUAUCAACUAUUGAUUCUUUACAUAAUGAUUUUGAUAUAGAAUCAAAUCAUUCUAUAGCUGAUAAUAGUUCAUCUAUUAUUGACCAAUAUGAAUAUAUAUCUUUUAAGAAUUUACAUUUAAUGUAUAAUGCUCCAUGGCCAAUUAAUCUUUGUUUUAAUGUUAAUAUAAUAAAAAAAUAUAAUUGUAUAUUUCAACGUUUAAUCCAAUGUCAAUUUGCUUUAUGGGCAUUGAAUUCAUGUAUUAUACAAUUAAAAAAUGAUCGUAAUUAUUGUUUAAAUCAUUUAUUAAACUUAAGAAAUAUCUCUUCAUCUUCGACUUUAUCAUCAUCAUCAUCACCAUCAUCAUUCAUUACUCUAUUUGAUCAAUUAUCAAAAUCAUUUCAUUCUAUCUAUUUAUGGUUACAUGAAUUACAUCAAGUUAUUCAUAGUUUAAAUAUACAUUUAUCAAAUCAUGUUAAUGCAUGUUGGAGUAAAUUUAUGAAAUAUUUAGGAUUAUCUAAUACAUUUUAUAAUUUUAUGUCCGAAGGUAAUUCAUUUAAAAUGUAUAAACAUAUCAUAGAAAAUAUUACAGAUAAUGAAGAAUCUAUUAAAAGUGAACAAAUUAACAAUUUGAAUGUGUUGUUCAAUGCACAUGAAAAUUAUUUGAAUGAAAUUCUAUCUGGGCUUUUGCUGGAUGUAUCAGAUAGUGAAUUAAAUCUACUUUUCCAAGGUUUGCUCACAUGUGCACAUCAGUUUCAUCGUGCUUUAUUAACAGGAAGAUGGAUUGUUAAAUCAUCGCAUCAUCAGUUUAGUCAUAUUGAUGGUACUCAACAACAGUUAUUAAGUAAUGAACAGAUUGAGCAUACAGAAUGGAGGCAGUUGUAUGCGGUUCAUGCAAGUUUUCGAAGUUACAGUCAAUUUUUAAGACGUCGUGUUAAUCGAUUACUUGUUCAUGAUACUACUGAUGGAGGUAGCAGUGUUAGAAGCGCUAGGUCGAAAUUGGCACAGUUAACUAUAAUAUUUGGUUUAAAUGAUUUUUAUACUUCGACAAAUGCUGAAUUAAAUAUUAUUUGAUUGUUUCUUGCUUUUCUUUCUAUAUUUUAAUUCUACAAAAAAUAAGUUAUUCGACAGUGAACAGGAACUUUUCUGUAAAAUUUUAUUUCUAUUCUAAACUUUAUUAUUUUUUUAUAUUUGACCUUUAUAUUACAUUUAGGAGAUCCAGCACACUUGCAUACAAGCAAAACAUAUUAAAUUACCUUGUUAUAUUAUAGUAUGAAAUUAAUAAAUAAUUUUGUUCGCUCUUUAAAUUAAUGCAUUUGUUCUCGUUUAUUGAUUUCCAGUGUGUGAUCUUUGGAAUAGACUCACUGUCGAUUCAAGUAACUUGUAUGAAGUUUAUUUGUUUGACAUUUAAUGACAUUGUAAUCAUGCACCGAUUUUAAACCUUAUAAUGUUUAAUGUUUCAUAUAGUCAUUCAUAGUUGUCUGCAUAAUGAGGCACUUAAAGUCUUCGUUAAAUUAAGAAUUAGUAAGUGUCAAAGACAGAGCAUUCUCAAUAAUGACUGCUACUUUCACUCAUGAAAUAUUGUGGCAUCUAAAAUUUUGAGUUAACAUCUUGGUCAUUUUAACACUUAUUAAUACCCUCAUUGUAAAUUAAUAGAUUUUGAGUAUCUGUAAAACUUUGAGCAACCUUUUACAGAUAGAGAUCUUUCUCAUUGUUAUAGUUGUCUUGUUGCUGUGACCAAAAACAUUAGUUUCUUUAUUAUUGUUAUUACUUAGGAUUCAUGUUCAGACACCUAAAUCAUUUAGAGAAUGAUGAUAAGACCCUUAAACUAUUUGUAAUUAAGAUAACACAGCUUGAAUAAUUGGCUUUUUAUAUCGAAAAUACCUGUAUAUUAUUGUAAAGUCAUCGAUCUUACGUUUUACUGAUGUCAAAACAUUGAUAGUGAAUAUUGAAAUAGUCCUUCGAAAAUUCUGUCCCAAAGUUCCCGUUCGUCGUAUGAAAUUUGAAUAAAUUCAACUUUCAGUUUAUUUUGUCGAAGUCUCCUUAACACAUUCAUUUUAAGUUUGUUUUAUGUUGUAUAAGAACCUACAAUGUAGAAAUUGUUCCAGCUGAUAACGUCAAGUUUAUGAAUAGUAUUGUAGUGAACGAGGACUCAGGCGGCAAAGAUCAAUUUAUUACUUAAUGCUAGAGUGUCUUCGUAAAUUAUGGAAACCAUUUAUUCAAUACUUCAUUUGCACAUCUAUCAUUUGUCUUUCACAAAUUUCAUCGUUUCUUCAUUCCUGUUGUUAUUACAAUUACUCUGUUUACAUUCCUGUUUUCUUCAACACAACCUUCUACUUCCGGGCAUGCCUCUUCUGAUUGGCGUUACAUACUACAUGUGUCUGUCAAUAUAAGUAGCAUACACCACAGUAUUACAAAUUGCAUACACUUAUUAUUUUAAAAAAAUUUUAAAUUGCUGUAACUUUCCCAAAAUAUUCUUGUUAGCUAUGUGAAAAAAGUGAAGCAAUCAUUAUAGUUUAAGACCUGAUAAAAAUAAAAGAUUUGAUAAUAAUUAUAAUCAAUUUUGUAUGCAAAAAC